GAACGAUUACACAAAGUUCAAUCUCUGGGAAAGUUCGAGUCAGAGAGGGUCAAAACUCUUAUGGAACCAUCUUCUAGUCCAAGUAUUGUGGAGUCGGCCCCCCAACAAUAAUUACUGUAUAAGUAUCAGCAUCUAACUGUAUGCAAUCAUGGAAACACCCAAAUGGAAUUUUGAAAGCACAGUGCACGUAUACGAACCGGCUGAAGACAGUUUUCUAUUAUUGGACGCUCUAGAGAGUGAUCUUCAGUAUAUAAAAAACAGGAAACCGGCUGUUGUGUUGGAGAUUGGAAGUGGUUCAGGAGUUAUCAUAUCAGCAGUCGCUAAAGCUCUUGAUAACAAUGCUUACUGCAUUGCUAUUGACAUCAGUGAAAGUGCUUGCAAAGUGACUCAGGAAACUGCUGCAAUAAACUGUACUCAGGUGGAUGUGAUACGAGGAGACCUGUCCAGGUGUCUGAGGUCCACCUCAGUUGAUUUACUGGUGUUCAACCCUCCAUACGUGGUAACUUGUGACAAUGAGAUCUCUGGAACCCUGCAGAGAGCCUGGGCAGGUGGCACUAGAGGAAGAGUUGUUAUCGAUAGGUUAUUGGACCAGGUAGAUAAGUUACUUUCACCAAGGGCUUUGUUCUAUCUAGUUGUUAUCAAAGAAAAUAUUCCUGAAGAAAUAAUAGAAAUUUUGGAAGGUAAAGGGUUUGUUGGAGAACAAGUUGCAUUCAAGAAGAUACGUGGAGAACAGCUUUCAAUCCUCAGAUUUUCCAGAUAAUUCAAAUAACAUUUGGUAAUUUUUAUUAACAGUAAAAUUGUAACAAUAGCUAUUUUAAAUUGGUUUCAGAGAUGAACACUAUACAUAAUCAAUUCUUUUCAGAAUUGUUAUCAUUAUUGUUUUAUAAAAUUAUAGAAUGAACUCAAACUUUUGAGCUGUAACUAGAAAGUUGAGCUGUAUCUAGAAAAUAAAGUUACAAAUAAGUUUAUAGUCUUUAUGUUGCAUCAAUGUCCAUUUUUAUUUAGUUUAUUUGAAAAAAAAAUAAUACUUUAUACAAAAUGUAAUUGAAUCCUACAGUAAUCUUAAUAGAGAUGUUGCUGUAAAUGAAAGACAUUGAUGUGAAUGUAAAAGUAUGGUAAGGAUCGUACUUUGUAAAAAUUAAUAUUCUGUAUAAUAGUAGCUUGUGUAUUAAAAAUAUCUUUAAACACAAA